AUGGAACGCUUAAAGUAUAUUGUGGCUGUGCUGCUGUUAAUAUUGCCUCCGUUUUAUUGGAGUUCUGUUGGAUAUAGUCACCAACAUCCUGGCUUUGCCCAACGCUUGCAGAUUAAGCCCGGCUGUUUGCAGGUGCCUCAGAAAUACACCGAAGCGCCAACUCCGACACCAACAAUAAUCUUUUCUUCGCUGGAGGAGGUCAACAGCAGAGAAUCAGAUUAAUCAUCUAUGAGAAUAAGU